AAAGCCUCGGCUUGCUUAACGGUGCGGUCGCGCCCCUUGCCCCUCUGCCUCCUCGCGCUCGCGGCGACCGCUGGAGCCCGUCACCAUCCUCCCCGCGACGUGCUGCCCUGAGCCCACAGCUAUGUGCCGGACCCUGGCCGCCUUCCCCACCACCUGCCUGGAGAGAGCCAAAGAGUUCAAGACACGGCUGGGCAUCUUUCUUCACAAAUCAGAGCUGGGCUCUGAUACCGGCAGUGUUGGCAAGUUCGAGUGGAGCAGCAAACACAGCAAAGAGGGCAGAAACUUCUCAGAAGAUGUGCUGGGGUGGAAAGAGUCAUUUGAUUUGCUCCUGAGCAGUAAAAAUGGAGUGGCUGCCUUCCAUGCUUUUCUGAAGACGGAGUUCAGCGAGGAGAACCUGGAGUUCUGGCUGGCCUGUGAGGAGUUCAAGAAGCUCCGGUCGGCUACCAAGCUGGCCUCCCGGGCUCACAAGAUCUUUGAUGAAUUCAUCCGCAGCGAAGCCCCGAAAGAGGUGAACAUAGACCACGAGACCAGGGAGCUGACCAGGACGAACGUGCAGGCUGCCACGGCCACGUGCUUUGAUGUGGCCCAGGGGAAGACCCGCACCCUGAUGGAGAAGGACUCGUAUCCGCGCUUCCUGAAGUCCCCCGCUUACCGGGACCUGGCUGCCCAGGCCUCGGCCGCCUUGGCCUCUCCGUCCAGCUGCGGCCCGGCAGAGCCCUCGCACACCUGAGCCUCCGGCCGGCCGUGAGGAAGCCAGCCAGGAAGAGAGGUGGAGUCGCCCAUCCCUGAGGCAGGUUCUGCAAAGCAGGCCAGAGAGGACAGUGAAGGACUCUGGCCACCUGUUUUGGAAGCAGUACCCUCUCCUCCAGCUACUGUGGGACUGAAUUCCGUGCAUGAGCGGGUCCCCCACCCCUUCUUCCAGUACCAGCAGAUAAGGGCUCAAGAGGAGGGUUGUGUGGGGCUCUCUGGGGAAAAGAAAGGUGGUGUAGGAAUGAUCGUCGGCUCUUGUUCUCCAUGGAACAAGAAAUAUUCCAGGGUGGGUUGGGAACAACGUGAAAACGAGAGAGGGGAAGACCACCAGCUCACCUCUCCUGCCUGCUGAAUGGCCGACCGCGAUUGCAUCCUGUUUUCCUAGUUCCCAGGCCAUCGGGGGCACAGAAGGGGGCCAGGGGUGUGGUGUCUUCCCAUUCUGUCCCCCUCACCUGCCUCUGGGCUGCCCAAAGCUCACUUAGCUUGCACUUCUUAACAUUCCUGUGUCCAGCCUCCCAGUCUUACUGAGGCCGGAGAACCAGUUUGAUGCUUGCCCCAGACGAGAGAUUUAUACCUCAGAAACUGGCUUUUUGAGCCCCUUUGCAAGUCAGUGGAGAGCCUGGAAAAGGGACCAUCUUGCUCCUGUGAAAUUAAUCUUGGUGCUCUUGGUGACCUUUGUGGGUGGUCCCUGACCCUGUGCCGGCGGCAAGGUCCGCCUGUGAGCUGGGCUCUGCCCUCUCGUGGCUCUGUGCUGCCCUUGAACAUGGGGCCCAUGAGGAGGAAGGUGUGGGGCCCCUCAGUGAGUGGCUGGCCCAGCUCUUAGGCCCAGCGGGGUGGAGCUAGGGGGUAAAGGGUCAUGAGAACUCUUGGCAGUUCCCAAAAGUUCCAUUGAAAUCAAGCCAGGGUAUUUUUUUUUUGUUUUGGUUUGGUUUGGUUUUUUUUUUUUUGGUGGGUGUGAGAAUAGGGAAACAGAGCUGCCCGGAAUGGAAGGGGAGCCUUGCAUUUCUUUCCUGUGGAUGUGAGGUGCCCUUACCGAAGUGUGGGGGGAAGUCAGCCCAGGGACCACGAUGGCCCUCAGAAGACCUUAGACCCUGGCACUGCAGCUGGGGAGAGAGGCUGCUUGGAAGAGGCUGACUGGGGGAAAUCAGAACCUGCUUGUCACCUCAGGGCAACACCCAACACCUAUUUUGUGGUGAGACUUCUGCACGAGCCCAGGCCAGGGAGGCGAGUGAACCAGGCAGCCCCCUCAUUUCCCAGGAAAAGCAACACUGUUCUCUCUGCGCUCUGAGCUCCUCCAGGAGAAAAUUAUUUAAGUAUAAUGUAUUGUUGGUUUUGUGACAGUUGUCAUAGCAUAUUAUUUUUAUUAUUGUUGUGUUGUUGCUGUUAUUUAUUAUUAUUGUAAUUUCAGUUUGCCUCUGCUGGGGAAUCUCAGCAGGAGCUGGCAGCCUGACCAUCUCCCUCUCCACCAGACUCUACCUCUACGUGCUGGGAACCUCUUAGCGCCUGUCAGGGACUCCUCGCCAUUUAAAUAUUUAUUUAUUGUUGACAAUGGAGCUGGUUUCCUAGAUAGGAAUGGUGUAAUCAACCCUUGUUUCCCUGUUUUAAGCAUGUUAUAUUCUUGUAAAAUAAACAUAAAACCCAGAAA